AUGCCGGGGAAUCUAGAUCCGGCCCGGCUGAUGGUUCACCCAUCUUCACAUCGGCCGUCACAGUCUAUUGACGGUGAUACGUUACGCCCGCGGGCGGGCUCAUUCGCUUCCUCUGCAGAUACUAUGGUUCGCUCACGAACAAACUCCGAUGUAGACCCGGCACAUGCUGCUAAGGCUGUCUACGACGAUGUGGAUUUUGCCGAUGCUUUGAAUCCCGAUCAUCGGAAUGAGGCUGAUUUCCAAGUUGAGGAUAAUCGGUUUGCCUUCUCCCCGGGCCAGCUGAAUAAGAUGCAGAACCCGAAGUCCUUGGCUGCAUUCCAUGCUCUUGGUGGCUUGCAGGGCUUGGAGCGGGGCUUGCGGACAGAUCUCAAUGCUGGCUUGUCAAUAGAUGAAGGGCGUCUGGAGGGCGCUGUCAACUUCAAUGAAGUUGCACCUUCGGCACCACACACAUCUACAGGGAAAGUAUUAUCACAGCCCGAAACACCGGCGCCGGCGCCGGUGUCAUCUGGCAGUGGCUCACCUUUUGAGGAUCGUAUUCGCGUCUUCAGUCAAAAUAGACUACCUGCUCGGAAAACGACCGGGCUCUUGAAAUUGUUCUGGGCUGCAUAUAACGACAAGAUUAUUAUAUUAUUGACCAUUGCCGCUGUGGUUUCAUUAUCACUCGGAAUAUACGAGACAGUGUCUGAAGGCUCAGGCGUCGACUGGGUGGAAGGAGUUGCCAUCUGUGUGGCAAUUCUGAUUGUCACAGUUGUCACGGCUCUAACAGCUUGGCAGAAUGAUGACCGUGAAGUCACAGUCAGCCGUUCAGGCAAAACAUCUAUGGUUUCAGUCUAUGAUAUCAUGGUCGGCGACAUCCUCCAUCUUGAGGCUGGCGAUUCCAUCCCCGCAGAUGGAAUUUUGGUCACAGGAUACGGUGUGAAAUGCGAUGAGUCUUCCGCCACCGGCGAAUCAGACCAGAUGAAGAAAACCCCGGGCCAUGAUGUCUGGCAGCAAAUUGUCAACGGCAAGGCAACGAAGAAACUUGACCCUUUCCUGAUCUCUGGCAGCAAGGUUCUUGAGGGUGUUGGAACUUACCUCGUCACCAGUGUCGGGCCGUAUUCUACCUAUGGCCGGAUCUUGCUGUCGCUGCAGACGCCUAAUGACCCGACUCCGCUUCAGGUGAAGCUGGGUCGGCUGGCAGAUUGGAUUGGCUAUUUGGGUACUGGCGCUGCUGGAAUUCUGUUCUUCGUUCUGCUCUUCCGAUUCAUUGCCAAUCUUCCUAAUCACCCGGAGAUGAAUGGCGCUAUGAAAGGCAAAGAGUUCGUCGAUAUCCUGAUUGUUGCUGUCACGGUAAUUGUUGUCGCUAUCCCAGAGGGCCUUCCACUGGCUGUAACACUGGCCCUGGCCUUUGCUACCACCCGAAUGGUCAAGGAAAACAACCUCGUCCGCGUCCUCCGGGCCUGCGAGACUAUGGGCAAUGCCACGGUCAUCUGUUCUGAUAAAACAGGUACAUUGACACAGAACAAAAUGACAGUUGUCGCCGGAACCUGGGGUUCAAAUGAGAGCUUCAGCCAAGGAAUCGAUAAUGAAGCUGGGGACGGUUCCAUGACUACUUCAGCAGUCUCCCAGCAACUCUCCGCUCCCGUCAAAGAUUUGAUUGUCAAAAGCAUCGCUUUGAACUCCACUGCGUUCGAACAGGAGAAAGAAGGCUCCAGAGAUUUUGUCGGCAGUAAGACCGAGGUCGCGCUGCUUCAGUUAGCCCGGGAUUACAUGGGCAUGGAUGUUGCCUCGGAGCGUGGAUCUGCUGAUAUUGUUCAACUUAUUCCAUUCGACUCCGCCAGGAAGUGCAUGGGUGUUGUCUACCGUCUUCCUGGCACUGGCUAUCGAUUGCUCGUUAAGGGAGCAUCCGAGUUGAUGGUCGGUGUAUGCACCGCACAAAUCACUAAUAUUAAUACGUCCAAGGAGAGGGUUGAUAUGGAGGAACUCUCUAAGGCAGGAAAGGAAAACAUCCUCGAGCUCAUCAACAACUAUGCGCACAAGUCUCUUCGCACAAUCGGCAUGGUCUACAAGGACUUCGCAGUCUGGCCACCAACAGGACUGAAACACUCUGAAGAUCCUUCCUCGGCAAACUUCGAUGAUUUUUUCCAUGGUAUGACCUGGGUCGGAGUCGUGGGUAUUCAAGAUCCUCUUCGCCCUGAAGUACCGGAAGCCAUCCGCAAGUGUCACUCGGCAGGCGUCCAAGUCAAGAUGGUUACAGGCGACAAUGUUGCCACUGCCACUGCGAUUGCAUCUUCUUGUGGAAUCAAGACAGAAGGUGGACUGGUUAUGGAGGGACCCAAAUUCCGACAGCUGACCAACGAGGAAAUGGAUGAAGUGCUUCCGCGUCUACAAGUGCUAGCCCGAUCCUCCCCCGAAGACAAGCGAAUCUUGGUCGAGCGGCUCAAGGCUCUUGGUGAAACUGUUGCUGUGACAGGUGACGGUACCAAUGAUGGACCGGCUUUGCGUACUGCAGAUGUCGGCUUCUCCAUGGGCAUUGCUGGUACCGAGGUCGCUAAGGAGGCCAGUUCGAUCAUUCUUCUCGACGAUAACUUCAAGUCCAUCGUCACAGCGAUCUCUUGGGGACGAGCUGUCAAUGACGCCGUUGCCAAGUUUUUGCAGUUCCAAGUCACAGUCAAUAUCACCGCAGUGGUGCUCACUUUCGUGUCGUCUGUGUAUAGCAGUGAGAACGCCAGUGUUCUCACUGCCGUGCAACUGCUUUGGGUGAACUUAAUUAUGGAUACCUUCGCCGCCCUUGCCUUAGCCACAGAUGCACCAACUGAAGAGAUCCUCGACCGGAAACCUGUGCCCAAACACGCCUCUCUUUUCACAUUGACCAUGUGGAAAAUGAUCCUUGGCCAAGCUGUAUAUCAGCUAGCCGUCACAUUCAUGCUUUAUUUCGCUGGUGACAAGCUCCUCGGCGCCCAUCUCAGCUCAGACCCUAUCCAGCGGGGGAAGGAGCUCGGAACCGUUGUGUUCAACACGUUCGUGUGGAUGCAGAUUUUCAACGAGUUCAACAACCGCCGCCUCGACAACAAGUUCAAUAUCUUCGAAGGCAUGUUCCGGAAUUACUGGUUUUUAGGAAUCAAUGCCAUCAUGGUCGGUGGUCAAGUCAUGAUCGUUUACGUCGGCGGCCAGGCAUUCAGCGUGACUCGCUUGAGUGGCACCCUCUGGGGUGUCUGUAUUGUCUGCUCUAUUGUCUGUUUGCCCUGGGCUAUUGUCCUUCGGACCAUUCCAGACCGCCAUUUUGGAGUCGUUUUCAACGCCGUUGUCGGCGCUAUGAGUUUUGUUCUGCGCCCUCUUUCUCGCGCGUGCAAGGCAAUUGGUCGUGGAAUCGCGACCUUCUUCAGGCCUGCGAAGCGUUUCACUCGCCGUGUCGUCUUGAGACGGAAAUCUGUCGACGAAGAGCCAAGCACACAAUCCGAACAGUCUGUGGAUCCCGAACAAGCUCCUGAAAGAUUUGAACUGAACAAGCAAAAAUCUCCCGAACGUCCAACCACACCUCCACUUGUUGUGGUACCCCCUAUUACAAUUACGACCUCCCCUUAA